AUGCGGCGGAAACGUCGAAGAGACCUGAACCCUCCGCCGACCCAGGAGGAGGGACUACAAGCGCCGAUCGGCGUGACUUCGCCCGACCGCACGCCAUCACAGAUCGGGACCCCUAUGGCGUCGCCACCGGCACAGCCUUCUGGUUCUCCUCCCCGGACUCGUCGUCGCCUGCGACGGUUCGGCGAAACUUCCACUAUAGGGGAGUCUUCGGGCCAGGCUACCGCAGCUGCCGAAGCGGCGUCCGGCCAUCCAACCAUCAAGACCACCCUCCGAUUCCCAUCGGAGGAGUAUUUGCUAUCCGCCGAUCGGCCGUCGAGCCCUCGCUGGGCUGAACAAAUUGCCACUAGCCGUCGGCUGGCCGAGUUAGAGGGCCUUCUGGAAAAACUUCAAGUGUCGGAAGGUUCCACGGCCGAGCGGGAGAAACGAAUCCUCGAGGCCGAACAGAAAAAGGCUGCCGACCUGGCUAAUGAGGUGGCCAGGCUAGAGGCCUUGGUGAAGAAGCGCGACAAAGAGGUGAAGCGCGCUGGUAGCCGGAAGAGGCAGGCGAUCGCUGACCUGGACAAAAUGAAAGUGGAGGUCCGUGCGCUAGGUCAACAAUCCAAGGAUCUGGAGGCCCAGCUGAACGCCGAACAGGAGGCCCGUUCGGCCGAACGCACAAAGGCUGAAGCAAACUUGAAGGCCCUCCAAGAUUCUUUAACUGGCUCCCGGGCGGUCCUCAAAAAAUAUAAGGAGGAAGAACCGAGUCGCCUGGCUGCAGCGCGCCAAGAAUACCUUCAGUCAGAGAGGUUCGGCGUAAAGUUUGGGGGCCACAUCUCUUCUACUUUCGCCGAGGCGGUUAAGGUCACCGUGGCGUAUCUGAAGAAGAGCGGCCACCUUCCUGAAGGCAUGCAUAUUCCCGCCUCCGACCUGACGGCCCUGCUUGAUGAUAUCCCCGAUGCUUUCUUUAAUUUCGAGGACCCGGAGUGA